AGAGAAGGCAGCAGAGACGUAAACUUCCUGUUGUCUGGCCACUGAGUCGUGUUUUCACAUCUGUGGGAUUUUAAAGGUUUGUUUUGAUACAGCUUGACCAUGAGACAGGAGUACCAGGACCUCAUCCUGCAGACGUGCGGGGCUUCAUCACUACAGGUCGCUGCCAAGAUCCAGACACUGUGGAGCGGCUACGGAGAGAUCGUGAGGCUGCAGCUGGAGGGCUGCGACCGGCCCUCCGUGGUUGUCAAACACGUCAAGUUUCCGGAAGGGUCCGACCACCCCGGCGGCUGGAACACGGAUCGCUCCCACAGACGAAAAGUGAGAUCCUAUCAGGUGGAGACUCACUGGUACCAGAACUACUCCACCAAUCAGAGCUGCCGCAUCCCCGCCUGUCUGGCUGCCUGUUCCUAUGGAGACGAGAUGCUGAUAGUCUUGGAGGAUCUGGAUGUUGUGGGGUUUGACCAGAGAAGGACUAGUGUGAAGGACCGGGAGAUAAGGGCGUGCCUCAGCUGGCUUGCCCACUUCCACGCCCUCUUCCUGGGCGUGGAGCCGGACGGCCUGUGGCCUGUUGGCACCUACUGGCACCUGGACACCCGGCCAGAUGAGCUGGAGGCCAUGGAUGACGCACGGCUCAAAGCGGCGGCUGGCGAGAUCGACAGGAUACUGAAUGCAUGCCGUUUCAAGACCAUCGUGCACGGAGACGCCAAGCUAGCCAACUUCUGUUUUUCCCAGAGCGGGCAGGAUGUGGCUGCUGUAGACUUCCAGUAUGUAGGUGGGGGCUGUGGGAUGAAAGAUGUUGUUUAUUUUUUAGGAAGCUGCAUGGAUGAGAAGGAGUGUGAAAAGAGGGUACCGGGCUUAUUGGACUACUACUUCACAGAGCUGCAGUCAUCUGUGAACAAAGACAUAGACUUUGCUGCCUUGGAGACAGAGUGGAGGGAGAUGUUUGUGUUCGCCUGGACAGACUUCCAUCGCUUCCUGCUGGGAUGGAUGCCCGGACACUGGAAGAUCAAUCGCUACAGCAAACGGCUGACCAAAGAAGUACUGCAAAAGCUGAAACAAUAACCAAAAACAGUGGUAACAGUGGUAAGGUCACCAGUUUGAUUCUGUACAUCUGGACAAGAAAAAUUACUUGGAUGCAUUCCCCACUCUCCCUCUCUACACAACACUUUCUGUCAAGGUGUCAGUUCCUGAGAAAGAGUGGACAUGCCAUCAGACAUUUUCCGGAUAAUUAAACAUCCGCUCAGGCUAUUUUGGUUCUUAAACAACCCAAGGCUUUUGGGAGUGGAAAACAACAAUAACAACAACAGAGCACUUUUAUUCUUUGUUAAAAAGUUAAAUCCAUGUGCAGUUUUCAUUAUUUAUACACUCAUAUAUUUUGGUUAAGUUGCCUCGAAGUUGCAUCAGGACACCUUGUAGCCUAGUUUUAGCAUUUACGACCUGAAACAAACAAACAAACCAAAAAAAAAAAAAAAAAAAAAAAAAACAUUUCCCUAUUUAUUUAGGCUGACACAAAUGUUUCAGAUGAAAA